GCAAUUCUGUGCAAUUGGCGCCGGGCUGUUGUUCGUUUGUGUCAAACGCCUUUGAAGUCUAACCAAUAAUUUAAGCAAAUUAAAGUGAGUUUUCCUGCAAAAACAAUAAACAGCACAAAUUUGUUGGUCAAAAUGUCAACUUUUAAAGAAAUGUGCGAACAAUAUUUCGGAACAACCGAUCUUUACGAAGUUUUGGGAGUAGAACGUACUGCGACGGACAAAGAGAUUAAGAAAGCGUACCACAAGCUCUCGCUUCUGGUGCACCCUGACAGAGUGGAGGAGAGUCGAAAAGCUGUAGCCACAGAAAAAUUCAAAGUUCUGGGAAAAAUCCACUCAAUUCUGCAAGAUGAAGAUAAAAGAAAGUGCUAUGAUGACUGUGGGGAGAUUGACGAGGAAAGCGACUCCAAUUUCAACUGGAUGGAGUAUUGGAGAGCUAUUUUCAAGAAAAUUGAUAUUAAAGAUAUCGAAGAGCACGAAAAAAGUUACAUUGGAUCUGAGACAGAAUUGCGCGAUAUUAAAAAAGCGUAUGUGGGAGGGAAGGGUAAUAUGGAUUUGAUACUGGAAAUGGUUCCAUUUAGUAACUGUGACAGUGAACCCCGAAUUCUGGAAAUAGUCAGAAAGAUGAUUGACGAUGGGGAGGUUGAAGAAUAUCCUGGAUUUUUUAAUGAGUCUAAGCAGAAAAAAGCCAGAAGGAGGAAGAAGUAUGAAGAGGAGAAGAAAGUUGCUGAAAGCAUUGACAGAAAAGCAUUAGAGCAAGAGCUCGAGUUGAAUAAGAAAAAACGAUUGAAGGGAUUUGUUGAUUUGAUUUCCAAUAUUGAGGCCAAAUAUGGAGGUGGUACAAAACGCAAAUCCAUAACAAACGGUGCAAAAACAACACCAAAAAAGAGAAGCAGUAGGAAGUAGUUUGGUUUUGAGUAUGUUUUUUUUUACUUUUUUCUAUGAAAUUUUAAAAUUAAUAAAACUAUGAUUAAGGAA